ACAGUACGAAGGUCAGGCCUGGCUGGGUCACGCUUCCCCGACGCAAAUCGAGCAAAGCACUGCAGCCUUUCUCCACCUGCUGCGAUCGUUUUUCACUGCAGUGCUUCCAGAACAACAAACUGAAGAGCAGAGAGGAAGAGUGAAGCUCGAGGUGCAGCAGCAGCCGCUCUCUGUUUGGAUCGCUGAGGCAGAGAUGUUGUUGCUCAGUCUGCUCCUGCUCGGGCUGCCUGACAUCACCACCACACAGGAGGGACACAUGAAGGACUACAAAUAUGGCUACCAGGGCUCAGAGCUGUAUGACAAAAAGCCCUUCUGCUCCUGGACUUGCCUCCUGUUCACCCUGCAGUGGCCCGGAGGGUUCUGUCAGUCUUUGAACGAAGAGACUCUGUGUACGAUUCCUGAGAGCAUCGACACCUGGACCAUCCACGGCCUCUGGCCUCUUCGGGUGCUAAGCUGCUGCAACUGCUGGCCGAUGUUCCUCUCUGACGUCCAGGAGCUGCAGGUGGAGCUGACUGAACGCUGGCCGUCCUUAGUGAAAACCAAAUCCAGCUUUCACUUCUGGAGAGACGAGUGGCACAGACAUGGAGCGUGUGCGGCGUGUGUUGAGGGAAUGAACUCUCCGCUCCGAUACUUCCAGAUCUGCCUCAGACUGCGAGGACAGUUCGAUGUCUACAGACUGCUGGAGGACGCUGGCAUCACUCCAUCCUGUGAGCGACCCUACAAGGUUGCCGAGGUCCACAGUGUCCUGGCUCUAUUUCUGGGCGACAAGCAUGAGAUCCAGUGUGUGACAGACGACCAGGGCAGAGAGGUGUGGUUUCAGGUGAAGAUCCCUCUGUCUCGCAACCUGACCCUCGGCUGUGAUCACCACGGCGACGCUGGCUCUGACCCAGGAUGGAGCCUCUCCCCCGGACACCCCUGUCCUCCUCAGGUCCCCUUCUACUACUACCCCAUAGACCACCAGCAUCCACAGCAGCCCUGUGGCUAACAGCAGCAAGCCGCUUGUCUUCAGUGGCAAACACCAGACUUUCAUAUGCGGGACAGUAA